AUGCAUCAGGAAAAUCAUACAGGAAUUUCUGAAUUUUUUCUCCUGGGAUUCCAGAAUCUUUCAUCAUUUAAAAUUCCAUUCUUCAUUCUUAUUUUUUCAUUAUAUGUUAUAACUACAACUAGUAAUUUAUUCAUUGUUCUAUUAGUGUCACUUAGCCGCACCCUCCACACUCCCAUGUAUUUCUUCCUCGGACAUUUGUCAUUAUGUGAUAUUUUGUUAUCUAUGAAUGUAAUUCCCAAUAUGUUAGAUGUUAUAUUGAAAGAAGGUACUACGAUAUCUCUGCUUGGAUGCCUUACCCAGUUGUUUAUGUUUGCCUUGUGUUGUAUUGCUGAAUGUUAUAUACUCAGUAUGAUGUCCUGUGACCGAUACUUGGCCAUCUGUAACCCACUUCGUUACUCUUCCAUCAUGGACUUUAAAAUGUGUCUAUUUCUUGUUGUAUUGUCCUGGUCUCUUGGCUUUCUUAUUUCCAUAAUUACUUGUCUUUUGAUUUAUGAAUUGGAAUUCUGUAAUCGGAAUAUAAUUGAUCAUUUCUUUUGUGAGUUUUUUCCAAUCGUAAAUCUUUCAUGCUCAGACACUUCUGUAGUUGAAUUGGAGGUCUCUAUAGCCACUCCAUUUAUACUACUAUUUCCAUUUGUAUUUCUCAUUGUCACAUAUGUCUACAUAUUCUUAACUAUCCUUGGAAUAUCCUCCACUAUGGGGAGACAGAAAGCCUUCUCCACCUGCAGCUCACAUUUAACUGUUGUGUGUUUAUAUUAUGGAACACUAAUUAGUAUAUACCUCAGCCCAUCGAAUGGAUACUCACUCAAUAUCAAUAAGGUCACAUCUCUUUUUUACACUCUGGUUACCCCAUUGUUUAACCCUGUUAUUUAUAGCUUGAGAAACAAGGACAUCAGAAAAGAAUUCAAUGCAUUUGUUAGAGAACAAGAGCAUGGCUGUUUCACUAUAAUUUCUACUAAAAUAGCCAAGAGCAAAAAUAAAGUUCAUUAA